AUGACUCCAAACAACAGACCCCUCGCCAGUACAAACGGCUGCCCUGCAUUGCCGUUACUUGCGAAUGACAAAGAUAUGCCCAUUGACCUCAGUCUGGUUUCUCUAUUUGAGGGCUUUGAUGAGCCUUCAUCAAUAACCGGCCCAGACCCCUACAGUCUCGGCCCCAAAGAUCCAGAACUUCGCCGGUUGCUUUCACUCAAGAUGUCUUACGCGCCCCAAGAAGUCCAGCCUACAGAGAAUUCUUGCACAAAGAUUGGCGCUGGCGCUUGCGGCGUGAUUCUCUCACAGGAGAAGAGUUGCUCUGUUAUCAAAUUAGCCAAGAACGAUCAGACGGCCCUCUGGAAUGACUUCAACAUGCACAAUUCGAUCGAAAGACAUUUUCAAGACUGGGACUUUACAGAAGUCAGAAUUCCACGCUGCUAUUACUAUUCCUCGAAAGAGAACAACCUCUAUUUCAAGAACCGCCCAGAUGUUAUCCAGGCGGCUCAAGAUUUGUGCCAUCUACCUACCAGCGUCCUCGUCACACAGAGAAUCCCUCCGUUACCUGAGCGUGCUCGAACUUUACUAAUCGACAAGUAUUGCGCGCCACGGAUCAAAGAAGCCGCGCUUACAGAUGUGUCGAAUGAAGAGUGCUUGGUGAGAGUAUACCUCGGUUCACUAGAAGGAAAAAGCUCAAGACUCUUCUUCUCCUUGCGAAACUUCAAGCUGCAUCUCAACCAAAUGGUGGACCUCCAAUUAGACAUCAAGAUGAUGGCCGGCAGAAUAGGCGUAGCUAUGGCUCUUAUGCACUGGGCGGCUGAGACUGACGCUCGCGAUGUCGAAUUUGUGCUCGGCAGUGAUCCCAUGAGGUCAUCACUCACAAUGAGAAGCACAGAGCUCUGGGUCUUGGAUUUUAACCAAGUCCAGCCAAUUACGAUGGACGAAGCCGGGGUAGCAAAGGCCGUUGAUGCGGCUAGGGUUAAUGAUCCGUAUCUUCCAAAGCCUCUUGGAGACUCCCAAAUCGAGAAGCAGGCCUGGAAUGCGUUUACUGGUAAUUACAUCAGGGCGGCUGAUAUUAUCCUUGAAAACAAGGGCCAAAAGCAACUGUUGAAAUUGCCACGAAUGUUUAUUAGAGGGCUUAUAGAGGUACAGGAAUUAAAGAAGAGGGCGAAGGAACUAGAGGAAGAGGGAGAUGGUAUACUAUCUUAA